GGGGGAGGGAGAGAAGGUUCAUUCGCUGGCGCGGGAGGCUGAGUGCGCGAGCGGCGGUGGCGACGCUGCUGCUGUGAGGGGAAAAGGAGAGCGGCUGAACAGCGGGGACGGGCGGGCUCGCUGGGUGGGUAGGUAAGGGACACGGCAGGCAGGAGAGAUGAGCGCUCGGUUCCCCCCUAGGACCAGCGAGGAGGAACAGCAGCGGCCGUGGCUGCCGUCGUCGGCUCCCCCGUCUGAAUGAACUGAGGCGAGGCCGCCUUCGCCGGCUCAGCUUGGCCCGGUCUGGCCCAGGCCUCCCUGGCCCGCUUUGGAGCGCGGAGUUAGAGCCCUCUCCUCUUCUGGCCGUCCGGGCAGCUGGAUCUGAAAGAACAAGACAUCAUGGGAGCAUUUUUAGAUAAGCCAAAGAUGGAGAAGCACAAUGCCCAAGGCCAGGGCAAUGGACUACGUUAUGGGCUAAGUAGCAUGCAAGGUUGGCGAGUUGAGAUGGAGGAUGCUCAUACAGCUGUAAUUGGCUUACCAAAUGGGCUUGAUGGAUGGUCUUUUUUUGCUGUGUAUGAUGGACAUGCUGGAUCCCAAGUUGCCAAAUAUUGCUGCGAGCAUUUAUUAGAUCAUAUCACAAGCAAUCAUGAUUUUAAAGGCCGUGGUGCUUCACCAUCAGUGGAAAAUGUAAAGACUGGAAUCAGAACAGGUUUUCUGCAAAUUGAUGAACAAAUGAGGCUACUCUCUGAGAAGAAACAUGGUGCGGACAGAAGUGGGUCAACAGCUGUGGGAGUCCUGAUUUCUCCUCAGCACGUUUAUUUUAUCAACUGUGGAGAUUCUAGAGGAUUACUUUGUAGAAACAGAAAGGUUUAUUUUUUUACACAAGAUCACAAACCAAAUAAUCCACUGGAGAAGGAACGUAUACAGAAUGCAGGUGGUUCAGUAAUGAUUCAGCGUGUAAAUGGAUCUCUUGCUGUGUCUAGAGCACUUGGUGACUUUGAUUACAAAUGUGUCCAUGGAAAAGGCCCUACAGAGCAGCUUGUCUCACCUGAGCCUGAGGUUUAUGAAAUUGAGAGAUCAGAAGAUGAUGAUCAGUUCAUCAUACUGGCUUGUGAUGGUAUCUGGGAUGUUAUGGGAAAUGAAGAGCUGUGUGAAUUUGUCAGAUCAAGGCUUGAAGUUACUGAUGACCUUGAAAGAGUUUGCAAUGAGAUAGUCGACACCUGCUUAUAUAAGGGAAGCCGAGACAACAUGAGUGUGAUACUGAUCUGUUUUCCAAAUGCACCAAAGGUAUUAUCCGAGGCAGUGAAGAGAGAGGCAGAGCUGGACAAGUUCCUGGAAAGCAGAGUAGAAGAGAUCAUAAAGAAGCAGGGUGAAGGAGUUCCAGACUUAGUCCACGUCAUGCGUACAUUACAAACAGAGAGCAUCCCAAACCUUCCACCAGGGGGUGAAUUAGCAAGCAAACGGAGUGUGAUUGAAGCAGUUUAUAACAGACUGAAUCCUUAUAGAAAUGAUGAUGCUGACUCUGCAUCAACUGAUGAUAUGUGGUAAAACUGCCAUCUAAGCUGUGGAGUUUACAUCCAUCCUCAUGGAAAAUACACCCUGCCCACAGUGACCCUUCUAAACAUCCAUCCUCCACCUUACAUGAAGAGGAAAAGAUGUGUUGGUGAAAGUGACUACAUCUGAAAACAGCAGUCCCAGCACCUAGCCCAGAAACUGAUUAUCUUUUUUUCUUUUUGUUGUUUUGCAAAACAGACUUCUGUAAAAGUGAUAUUGAAACCAUAAUGUUGUAAAUUGGACUCUAAGCAAUUUUAUGUUGUAUGAUUUUGUUUUGUAAAGUGCAAUUGUGGUUGUACAAAAUGCUUAUUUAAUAAUGGAACUGCUUUACAUCAUUUAAGGUUAGAUGAAAUGCUUGGUUUGUUGCUCCAAACAAUAAUAAUCUAGCCCUUUCCAUUCACAUUUGCUUCUGGAUUGCUGGGAGCAGCAACCUAGCCAGCUACGUGCUCAGGAGGUGCAUAGAAAUUAUGUUAAGGGUAUUUUAUAUAAAGUCAGAUCAUUGCAAUUCUAGUAUGGAAAAUAACUGGUAUACAGUUAAUUCUCCAUCAGACUUUUAAUUGUUCCCCUUGUUUUUGCAUUCCUGUGGGAUUGAAAAAUCCUAUUGAAAUAUGUGGGAGGUUCAGUGAAAGAAUGGGACAUGACCAUGAAAUAUAAUAAUGGGGGUUAAAAUGCCUUGAUUAUUUGCACCUUUUUAAAAUAGAACUUUACCUUCAAUUUUCAGUUAUGUAACAGGCUAUGUCUUUCGCUAUGUAGUAGGAGCCUGCACCAUUUUUAUUAUCCUGAUUGACUGGGUUGGCUGCUGUUCCAAGUAAAAUACUUUGAAUUCCAUUUUAUCAAUAAAGAUUGAUUUAACAAACAACAAGAAACUUAACAAUGUAUGUGUAACUCCUUCCCCCUCUCUUGUCUUCUUGUAAAUGAGAUGUCAUGUGGAUAAAUAUUUUUUAUGAACUCAUUGCCCAUUUAUGAAAUGGGAAGAACUCUUGAGUGUUGCCCAAGGCACAGGUGGACUUUCCCCCCCAGUUAGUGGGUGUAAUGUGGUUUGAGAAAGUUUUUUUACAUGGGUUUCUUUCAAGAUAUUUGCUGUGAGAGAAUCACAUGAAUUUACACUUGCCUCUUGUUAAUGAAAACUAAUUUGUCAGAGCCUGACAAUCUUCCCUAUGGUAUGUUUUAUAUGGCCCCAUUGACUUAGGGGAAAAAAAGUGUUUUCAUAGUAUGUGUGAUUUGAAAUAUAGCAUGUUUAACUGUUGAAAUUAAAUUCUAAUUUUUUAAAAAUUAUAAAAGCAGUACAACUAAUUUGAUUUCUCUCCUACUGAACAUUCAGAAUAACUUUUCAAAUCAGUCAUGUGUUUGCAGAACUACUGUUUUGUGCACCUUGUAUUUUGUCCUUUUUUACAUUGAGAAUAUUGUAUGAUCAACAUGUAGCUUUCUUUAAUAUUUCAGUCAGCAGAUGCCCCUCCAAAGGAAAAUCAACAAAAUAUAUAAAUAGGUUGUAGUAAUGUAGCUAGACAUUUUUUAAAAAGGUGUAAAAUAUACCUUUUUAUAGGAAACAAUGUACAAUGCGUUUUUCUAUAUCUGUCGUUUUCCCUAACUUUGAAAUAUACAUUUGUGUGUAUAUAUAGCCUUAAAACUAUUGCAGUUAGGGAGUGUUGAACAGUGUUGACAGUUAAAAAGUAACUUAAUAAUGUCUCAGCUAAGGAUAGCAUUAUGCCAGCAAACAUUUUAUUUUAUUCCUCUUGUUUGUGUGAGGUACUUAACCUUGACAUAAUUGUAACCAGUUUGUACCCUGUUGAAGCAUGAAUUAAGAAAACGUAAGCACUAUUUGUAUUUAUAAAUUUAUAUCAACUUUGGGUUAAAGAACCAAUCCCUCACCCUACCAACAAAUAAAUGGUUAAAAUGUACAGUUUUGUUGAGUUCAGACUAUAAAGAUGUCAAAUGUAUAGCUUCACAAGAACCUAAUUAAGAGACCUGUAUUUAAAAUACUACAAGGUCAGCUAGCAAAGAAGGUUAAACUGCUUCUAGGAUUGGUAAGAAAACUUUGCUCCUUUUUCUGUGUAAAGUGUAGUUCUAAAAAUUGCAAAACUUCAGACCACCUAGUGGAAACUUAAGGUUUAAAACAUUUUAUAAAUCACAAGUCAAAAGCCAUAUGAUAAAACAAGAAUUUAAAUGUCAUAAUGAUACAAUAGCAUAUGUUUAAAACUUUUAAGAUGCACCCUUAAAAACACCACAAUUCUUCUGCUGUGUUGCUAGUAGUACUAAAAAAAGGAUUGUGGGGGGCAUGAUAAAAGAGGCACAGCAGUUGUAGAUUUCCUUCCCUUAUUUUGGCACUUUAAAGUGGUCAAAGCACUGUGUCAAUUAUGCCUGCUUAAUACACUGCUAUUUUAUAUAUACCAAAAUGAGAUUAAAUUCAUAUAACCAAUGCACCACAUAUUCCAGCAAGGGCGCUCACUCACUCUUGUUCAUUAGUCUGCAAAAAAGGAAAAAGUACUUUUCAUUUUUGCAACUUUUUGAAAAUGCUAAAAAUGUUGGAACACCUCAGGGGCAAUGCAGCAGCAUUUUGAAGAAUUAUGUGCUAUUUAUUUCCGUAACUGGAGGGGAGGAGUGGAUGCCUCUGUGCCGAUGAAAUAAAGUAAUAUGAUGGUCCCAAAUGUACCUGUAAGGUGUUAAUAUUUUGUUCCUUUGCUUUUUACUACUUAUCCAUACUGUUUGGUAUUUUUUUUAUUUUUUGACAGCAUUAAAUAUCUGACCACUACAGUUUAUAUUUUUCAGUGACUUCUGACAACAGUAUCAAGUACUCUCAAACAUCAAGAAUACCUACUUUGUUACACUUUUUAUGAUAGUCAUCUUGGUUGAAUUCAGUAUAAUGUGUUUGAGUUGGUUCCACAUCUUGUGGUUUACGAAACAUUGAACUAUUACCAAUCUUCUGUUUUUGCAGGUUUUUGUACAGUUACACCUGUUAAAUGGGUGUUCACUGUACAAAAUUGAGCUGAAAGCACAGGUUUGGAUUCAUUUCUACAGAUAUAUUUUGCCCUGUGGUUAAUGUUCAUUCAAAUAUACAUCUCUAAGCUGAAAUAUUUCAGUGCCUGAAAUUAUAGUUUUGCCAUAUGAGGCCCCAUUCACCCAAACAUUUAACCUUAGAAGAAUUAAAGAUUUCUAACCUCAUAGGUUAGAAACCUCUAUAAAGAUGAAUGUAUAACUCAUUGCGAUAUCUGCUUAGUACAGAAGUAUAACUGGCUCAAAGCAAUAGGCUGGUUUUACUUUAUGUAAUUGUCUUAUUGUUUGGAGCAAUUGGUGUCCAAAGUGAAGAAAAUCUCAUCCAUGCAUCAUCACGUGUGAUAAGUGUGUUCUGUGUUGUCUUCAUAGAAUGCAAAACAGAAUAACAAAAUAGUAUGAAUGGUGCAAUGCAAAGCCACACUAAUUGGAGUUGGUAAUCAAGCAAAGAAGUUAUCACAAUAGAUCACUGGUAUUAAAUUUAAUUCUUUUUUAUUGUUAUUGGGCCUAUAUCUCUGAGCAAGUUGAAGCUGAGUGGUGGACAUCCCCUUUUCAUUAUCCCAAGAAGGUAAAAAAAAUCCCUGUUGCUGCUGCCAUAAUGCAUUGCUCCUCUGCUUCCAAUCAAAAACAUUUGGGGUCUCCAAAAGAGGAUUAAUUUUGUAUACUGUCCACGUUCAGAGAUAGUGAGUGGAUAAGUAUGUGCAAGUGCCUUUACAGCCCCAGCAUGUACAAAUGGAAAACAUUGGGGGCUUAACUUAAAGAGAAGUGCAAACCAGAUACCAUUUCCUUCCAACAUUUUUCCCUCUGAGAUUGGAAAUGCUGAGUAGUAAACAAUUGCAACAAGGAGUGGGUCUCUGUGCUACUUUCAGGUGCUAUCAGAGAUGACUAUAAAGGGAACAUACAGUGUAUCUCCCCAUAGCAAUCCCCAUUCUUCCUUCCCCUGCCCUCUAUGCUAUCUUAAUACAAUUUGACCUGUGCUGAUAUUUACACCGUGUUCCCCUACCACCACCAUCAAAUUACACAGCAGGGAUGAGACAGCAGCCAGGACAAUGUCAGGUGAUGGGUCAAGUUGUGCUACAUCUUAUGAAAGCUGUUUCUGGCGACAGUGCCAUUUUUUUUGAUAACCUUAGUUUGCACAGGUGUUCUAAUCCUUGUAUCUUAUCCUUCCUUGAGGAGCUUUGGACACUACAUGGAUGAAUUCAUGCUCACAAUAGCCCAGUGGUUAAGCUGAAAAGUGAUGAUUGGCCAAAAUCACCCAGCAAGCUUCAUGGCUGAGCUGGGGUUUAAACCUCAAUCUGCCUGGUACAAGUCUCAGCACUCAGUCCAGUAGACUGUGGUACAUGGGAUAGACUAAUGGGAAGUGCACAUUCAUGCAUUAUGACCAUUCUGGAAUGCUAACCUCAGUACCUGAUGUAAAGGAAGGGUCCUACAUUACAGAGAUCAUUGAGUGAAUGCAAUGGGAACACCUCUGUAAGCAGCUUUUCUGUCAGAGCAUUCUGUUCUCGGAUGCAUCCUAAGGAUCUAUAUAUUGUGACCUAUUUUAGUCUCUUCCUUCUUUCUGCCUCCCAAUGCUUUUUGCUAUUUUGCAGUGCUGAACUUGCAUUCUGUUUAAAAGGCGUCAUCCUCACACAGAAGUGCGGAGUAGGGGGAGGGAAUCCCAUGCCGAGCUAAUAUUUAAUAACUGAUUUAAACAAAGUUACCUCAGUAGGCCAAUGGUGAAUUUUUUUGAAGCCCCUUUGUAUCUUGGUAGGGUGGUAUUUUCAUGUAGUCCUGCUUCUAAUCUUGCCUGGGAAGAAGCAGGUAUACUGCAGUUAGAGUAGGCCGGGGGGGCAUUGAAUUGUCCUGAAAGACACAGGCUAAGAAAGCUGUUAAAUAAUGUUGCUGAGUUGGCUGUUUAAAAUGCCCAGGCAGAACACACUGUGCUUUCUGCCUCAGCUGAGCCAGGGAGCCAUUUCCCAAUAGCUUUUAACUAGUAACAGCAAAGCAGCAAAUAUCAGUGUUUUGCAGAGUUUUCCUGGCUCCAUGGGGCACUGGCACAAAUUGCUUUAGCUGCUUCCAGGUGUGUCCUAGGGGAGCUACAAGCUAUAGUACUUCCUUCCGGUAGACCAGCCUUUCCCAGCUAGUGGGCCACCAGAUGUUGUUGGACCACAACUCCCAUCAGCCUCAGCCAGCAUUGCCAAUGGUCAGGAAAGAUAGGAAUUGCGGUCCAACAACAUAUAUAUAUAAAUUCAGUUGAAAAAAUACAUUCUGCUCAGUGAGUCAUAAUCUGUUGCUGCUUUCCAGAAACUACAGCUGUGUUGCCUGGGGCUGAUGGGAAUUGGCAGUUAUAGUCCGAAACACCUGGAGGGCGCAAAGAUGUUGAAGGCUACCCUAAUCCCUGACCAGCUCUUUAAGCUGUGAUCUAUAUAGUUUCUCCUUAUUGUUGGUUAAUCCUUGCAAUUAACCCUUAUCCUUUUCCAGUUUACAGCUAUGCUGUGUUUUGAUUACAGUUUGCUUCCUGGCAGUAGAGUCCUUAGCCAGUUGUUUGCCUGCCAGAGAGCAUGUAAUUUUAUUGAAGCCCUGUUGAAUUUCACUGACGCAAGGCAAUCUCCCUUUAGCCACCUUUUCUUCUUGAUAACCAUUCGAGAGGCUUCUAUUUACAAAAGGAGGCCAAUAUUGUUUAUACAUGGUAUGGUGACCUAUUUUUGUAAGAUUUGCUUAUACGUUAACAAUGAUGUUUUGUUGCACCUUGAAGACUGUCUCAUUGAAGGCGAUCGAGACAUAGCUUAGAGCACUUGUUCUCACUCUCAUGUUGGUUUUACACAUGAACAGCCAACCUGUUUUAAGCAAUAAACACACUGUGGCUUAGA